ACAGAUAUUACCAUAUUUUUCUAAUGUUCAUCACAAAUGGAAAAGGGAAAACUUUUUACAUAUUCUGUUGAUGAUUUGAUUGAAAAACCAGUUGAAUGGGAAGAAUGUGGGAAAUGUUUGUCUGCAUUUGACAAGCAACUCCGAAAUGCAUGGGAUAAGGCAGUAAAGGAUGGUUUGUUUCGCUACUCAUUGGAUGAUCUUGUUUACAAGAAGUUGAAUUUACAGCAAAAUGAAGACUUUCCUGUCCCUUGUGUCGCUCAGCUGAACCCACAGCGAGCAGUGAACAGAAGGAAAAGAGAAUGUUUUGAAUCUAUGAAUGAUGAUUUUGAUGAAAAACAAUUCAACUUCACAAAAAUAGCAAGACAAGAAAUUUUAAUGGAAGUUUGCUUAAAAUCUGAUGACAAGGUCAUAACAAAAGAAAAAACUGAGAUUUUGUUGAAUAUCAGUCCAAUUGAAUAUGGUCAUAUUCUAAUUGCGACUAAUUUGAGCGAUUGUCUCCCACAAAAACUAACAGUGAAAUCACUACAAAUUGCCUUUGAUAUUCUACAGCUAAGCUCCCAGCCAGGUUUUCGGCUUGGGUUCAACAGUCUGCAUGCAUGGGCUUCAAUCAAUCAUUUGCAUUUCCAUGGAAUGUACUGCGAUCACGAAAUUUUUGGUGAUAUAUUGCCUGCAGAAUAUCAUUUAUCAAGUUCAUGUGCACUAAUCAAUAUAGCAAGUCCUCUGCCUGCAUUUGUCUUUGUUGUUCCUGAUGGUAACAAAGGCAGGCGAAAGAUUGCAGAAUAUGUUGUGAAAGUUACUGAUUAUCUUCAUCAAACAUCCACACCAUACAAUAUACUUUUGAAUCGAGGAAAAUUGCUUCGGAAAGAUGGUACUCAAAGUGAUAAAUGGACAACCAGAGCCUUGGUAUUUCCCCGAAAAUCAAGCAAAAAGCUUCAACCUGCUGAACCGUUUGAUGUAGCAUGUAUAGAAGUUGGUGGACAUUUUCCUGUGAAGGCUAAGGCAUCGUUCGAAGAUUUAACGAAUACUAAAGUUUCAAAUUGCCUGAAAGAAGCUGCGUUAGAAGAAGAUGUUUUUAAUGAUAUUGUCCAAUAUGUCAAAAUCUUACUGAGGGGCUAAAUGAUUGAAAAGUAUGUUGAAUGCAAAUUUUUGCAGUUUUAAUUUUUUUUUUAAUCAAUUACAAUCAACAAUCAAUCGCACAACCGCCCGGACUGUAACGAUGCCAGUAGUUUAGCUGGGCUGGUCUGAAAGUGGGCAUCAAUCAUUACUGAAAUUUACACAUCACGAUUACGUAAAUUUCCAACGAAAAAGUCGAUUGGCAGAGGGCAUAUACAGGCUUGUUUCCAAAUAAUUGAUAGACUUCAUGCUCUAGUCUGCGUGUGCUAUUUUGGAACAAGAAAUUUUCCGCUUGCAGCUCUGACAUUUUCAUUUAAUGGUUAUAUGUCAAUCAUUUCGGCAACUGUACUCUGACAUAUAUUUAAACAUUAAAAAAGUGGACAGACAAUAAA